UGCAAAUAUUCCAUGUUCUACAUUAGCUUGGCCCCAAUCUCUCUCUCUCUCUCUCCGCACGCGUGCGCAUGCACACUCGUUCUUUCAUCACGAAAAUGUUAGUCAUGGCUGCAGUAGUCACCAUGAUUAAGCAUACCUAAGGCAAAGCUUAGAGAGAGAGGGAGAGCGUGCAUGCGGGAAAUUUAUCCAUGAUGGACAUGAGUAUGUGGAUUGUGUUAGGGUCAGCAAUUUUCUUGUCUACCAUGAUUCUCUAUAGGAAAAAGUUUAGACUCAGAUCAUUACAGAGAAGCACACUUCCUUUAGGGACUCUUGGAUGGCCUUUUAUCGGGGAAACAAUUGAGUUUGUGUCUUUUGCUUACUCUGACCGCCCUGAGACAUUCAUGGAUAAACGUUGCCGCAUAUAUGGCAAGGUGUUUAAGUCACAUAUAUUUGGAAGCCCGACCAUUGUUUCGACGGAUGCAGAAGUGAGUAAAUUUGUUCUUCAAAGUGAUUCAAAGACUUUCGUGCCGUCUUACCCCAAAUCUCUCACGGAGUUGAUGGGGGAAUCUUCCAUUUUGCUCAUCAAUGGGAGCCUACAAAGGAAAAUCCAUGGACUUAUUGGAGCCUUCUUCAAGUCCCCACAUCUCAAGGCUCAAAUUACCAAAGAUAUGCACAAGUAUGUUCAGGAAUCGAUGGAAACUUGGAAAGAUGACCAUCCCAUAUACGUACAAGAUGAAGCCAAAAACAUUGCGUUUCAAGUACUAGUCAAGGCAUUGAUUAGUUUGGAUCCAGGUGAAGAAAUGGAGCUUCUAAAGAAACAGUUCCAAGAAUUCAUCUCUGGACUCAUGUCUUUACCCAUAAACAUUCCGGGAACUCAGCUAUAUCGAUCACUAAAGGCAAAGAAGAAAAUGGCUAAGUUGGUACAAAAUAUAAUCCAAGCUAGAAGAAGAAAUGGCAUCUCGGCCAGGGUUCCAAAAGAUGUGUUGGAUGUUUUACUCAAUGAUUCAAGCGAGCAAUUAACGGACGAUCUACUUGCAGAUAACAUGAUUGACAUGAUGAUUCCAGGAGAGGAUUCAGUGCCGGUUCUUAUGACUCUUGCAGUGAAAUACCUCUCGGAUUGCCCCUCUGCUCUGCAGCAAUUAACGGAGGAAAACUUGGAGCUGAAAAAACUCAAAGCUCAGCUUGGACAGCCUUUGUGUUGGAGUGAUUACUUAUCAUUGCCAUUUACACAAACCGUGAUUACGGAAACCUUAAGGAUGGGAAACAUUAUAAUUGGUGUGAUGCGAAAGGCAAUGAAAGACGUCGAGAUAAAAGGGUAUUUGAUACCAAAAGGAUGGUGUUUUUUCGCAUAUUUUAGAUCGAUUCAUCUGGAUGAAAAUCACUACGACUGGCCUUACAAGUUCAAUCCAUGGAGGUGGCAGGACAAAGACACGAGCACUACUUGUAACUAUUUCACUCCUUUUGGAGGUGGCCAAAGGCUGUGUCCGGGCCUUGACUUAGCCAGGCUGGAAGCUUCCAUCUUCCUGCACCACUUGGUCACUCGGUUCAGUUGGGAGGCUGAGGAAGAUACAGUUGUUAACUUCCCCACUGUAAGAAUGAAGAGGAGGAUGCCAAUAUGGGUCAAAACCAAAAGGAGAGGUGACCCUUAAUAAUCAGCAGCCAGCUGCUCUGGCCCCAGCGGAGAUAUAUAUAUUCGAAGUAAUCUCAGUACAACGAUGCAGCAAAGGCAUCGUGCAUGAAAACAGACAGAAAUGAAAGUGAUAAGGAGUUUGGUCUCAGUGCACACGUGUGGGGGGCAUCACAAGCUGACAUAUAUAUAUAUAUUCGUCCUGUUCCAUAGUCAUAAUUUGCACGUACAUAUAUAUAUCGACAUGAACAGAUCAAUCAAUACAAACUUUUGUAGGACCCAGCUAGUUAUUCACCGA